AUGGUCUCACAAUUUGCGGUUACGGUCAUCCCUCAUAUCAUAUCAUCACCACUGCCAAAUCAGCAUUAUUGCAAUCAGCGAAAUGAUGUUGAAGGAAUGUUGAGAAUAAUUAAGAGCCUUCUCAGUAAUCUCUACUUGUCAGCCAGGGUCAACUAUAUUGCCUCUUCGUACAGCUUUUGGCAUACCGCGGUACUGCUGGAUGCAGCACUAGUGUGGGAGCACACAACCGCAGCCCCAGUGAAGCGUAAUGACAUCGUAGCUGGCACUGAAUUCCUAUCAGUUUUUAUAAAUGGUGAAAUAGCACCAAUACCUCGUAAACGUGGCUUUCGACGUGGUUACCAGGUACAGGACAAUGUUGCUGCUGAGUCACGACAAAGUGAGGCCUCAAUAUACCGGAUAUCCCGGGCUCCAUCGAGUCCAAGGCCGACGAUAACACGUCCCAGCCAUCGAGAGAUUGGCGCCAGGCUAUAUCCAAUAAGUCACAAAUCACUGGAGCACAAUAGACAGAGUUUCACUCCAAUUGUUGGGGAUAUUGGCACAACUGAGGAGAUUGGAUUGAAGUUGAAAGCGCCAACACCGGCAACUGGAGAUAGCCAUUAUCAUCACAAUCAUCAUCAUCAAAUGAUGAGGCUUAAUGGUACCAGGGCUUUGAGUGAUGGAAAGACUGUUAAUAGAAAGAUCAUUGGGGUCAGCGUGACAUCAACAGUUGAGGCAACACCAUACAAGGUGAGGGUUGAGCACUACGACAACGAUCAGCUCAGCAUGGUAACAAGAUCCCCCACGGAGUUACCAUUACAGGAAACUUUUUCUACCGCUAGAACUACAAAGUCUACCUCAACACUGGGCAUAUCGUCAACGCCUUUUACGUACACAAAAAGUCUCAGUACCCCAGUAACGAGAGGAUCAACGGCCACAACUCCACCUGCGCGAUUAGUCACUGAAGAACUGAGCAAUAUCGUUUCUGAAUCAAAUCGUAGUGGUUUUUCGGUUGAUGAAGGGCUGCCAAGAACUAGUUGGCAGGCUAGGUCUUCUGUUACUCAAGGGGUUGGUUCAACCAUUCCUCAUCCAACUCCCUCAUCAACAUCACCAAAGGUUGAACUAGACUCUAUGUCUGUUGGAAGCUCCUCAGAACCUGUGGAGCAGAGUUACGAGUUGCCUGAAGAAAACCCUGAACCUCCGGAGAAUCACGAAGAACCCAGGGAAGUUGGCGAUAAUCCACCACAAGGACGGAAAGCUGGAAGACAUUACGACACAUCUUUGUACAACCAGCCACCCAAAGUCUACCCUCAGCCGUCGAAAAUAUAUGGCAAACCUUCUAGGGUUUAUUCAGAACCUUCGAAAGUAUACGGCGAACCAGAGAAGAGGUAUGGAGAACCUGCGCAAAUCUAUUCGGAGCCUUCGAAGGUGUAUAGCGAGCCAGCGAAAAUCUACUCUGAACCGUCCAAAGUAUAUUCUGAACCGGCAAAAAUCUACGGAGAACCUGAGAAAGUAUAUUCUGAGCCAGCAAAGAUUUACUCUGAACCUGCACGAAUUUAUGGAGAGCCAGCUAAAGUUUAUGGCGAGCCAGCAAAGAUUUACAGCGAACCAGCUAAAGUCUAUGGGUCUGAUGGACAACCGGUGGAGCCAGACGAGCAGAACUACGAGGUCGACGAAGCCGUCAGUGUUGGAAGUAAUGGAAAUGUUCAUGGGGUUGUGACGGAGGCGUCAAAUGCCCCAACCGAUGUUGAUGGUCACAAAGUCGGUUACGUUGUUGAAGGGAGAAACUACCGAAAAUAUAGGGUUGAGGAACGAACACCAGAUGGCUUCAUUGUUGGAGAGUAUGGAGUUGUGAGUCAUGACGAUGGAUCUCUGCGAGGUGUCAGAUACACUGCUGAUGGGACGAUCAAUCCUAGGCUCAUUUAUGAUGCGCUCAUGAAGUUUCUUGCCCUGUGAAAAGGUUCUUGCUAAGUAUAGAAGUUUAAGGAAAAACUUAGCAGUCAAAUGAUGAAGGGAGAUGAAUUUGAAAUGGAAUCGCAAGUUUUCUGUCACAUAUCUUCAUACUCAAGAAAAUUAUUCAUGAUUCAAGUCCAUAGGUCGAAUACGUAAACUACACUGAUAGAAUGAUUCGCUUAUAUCGAUCGAGAUUCAUCAACUAUUAACGAAUGUUAUAGUUAAAUACGGCCAAACAAAUAUUCCUUAAUAGUCGAAAAAUGAUGUAGUUGAGGCGGUCGAUUCAGAUCAAAUAUAUUAUCCGUUAAUAGAUAAUGAAUCAGCAGUUAAAGUGAUCGGUUGAGCUAAGGUAAUCCUCCAAUAAGACAGCAGAGACAAGUCAAAUUAUGUUCAUGGGUGGGCAUAGGGCAAGAUUAAUAUGAACACAUUUUUUAUUGGUAAAAUAAAUUGCACAUAUCAAACUCAAUGAACGAUGCUCCAAAUAAUAAUGUUGAACGGCGUCAAAUGAAGCGUACGUUGAGCAAAGCUCGGUUCGUUAAGUAAACUAAUGAUUAUUUCUCUGAACUCCACGACUCCCGGUUUUUAUAAGAGCGUUCGCUUUGAUUGAUCACUAUAAGGAUAUUUAAGAUUAAUAAGGAAAAUAUAUACAUUCAGGAGAAAUAUUGCGAAAAGGCUGUUAAUUAUAUGAAGUAUGAUGAGUUUUGGCUAUUAAGGAUGUUUAUCCCUGAAUGAAAACCCUGAUCACUCUACGUUAUUCUUAUUCUGUUUCUAUUUGAGUUACCCGCUAAUGAAAAUUUCAACCCUUCUAUGGAAGGCUCCCAACGAGAAAUUAAUUUCUGAAAAUCACUCACAGCAACAUGUGUUAUCCAUCUGCUUGAGGAAGAGUGGUGAUGGCGUGCACUUCAAUCAAAGUAAUGGGUAGUUUGAUAACUCAGCCUUUUGAGAAAAAAAAAGAUUGUGAUAUUCUUUAAGAUAUCAAUUUUAAAGGUAUAGAUUUUAUCGACGAUGCGAAGAAUUAUGGUACCCGGCAUAAUAAGCGAGAAAUUUGUGAUUGAUUUUUUCAAAGAUCUGCAAAAACAUGGCCGAUAUUACGAUUUUAAAAUAUUGACAACGUGGCUCUGACAGCUCAACAAUGUCGGUAGGGUAGAUGACGAUAAGACAGUAAUGGCGCAGCACCUCGCUAAAUGCGGUGUUGCACGAUCAAAAUUUGAGUGCUACCACAGUAGUCAGUCAUACGUCAAUGUUUAUAAACAUUUUCCAUACGUCGUUAUAAGUUGAAUCGAAAAAUUAAUAGGAAAAAUUAUUUAUAUCGUAAAUGAUUUAUUCGAUUUUUUUAAUUUUAUUUUCCGACACGGCUGCUCACUUGAGCAGUUGAACAUCCUUAAUAGUAUAUUACCUUCGAGAAGGUUAAUUUUGUAAAAAAAUAAAAUU